AUGAGUGAUCAAGUAGAACAUGUGAAAAAGGUUUUUGGAGAAUUAAAACGUGCAUCAAAUGAUAAAAAUCAAAUUCACCCUAUAGAAGUACCAAUGCUUAUUAAUACUUCUUGGAAUAAAUGUUUUUCUAAAACUUAUAAAUUAUAUACUAAAGCAAAGCAUGGUGAAAGAGUUAAAAUGCUUGCUUAUUCUUAUCAUUUAGAAGCAUUAAUAUUGGCUUGUCCUCAUAACAAAGAAAUAGAAAUUAAUUCUAAAAACAAAGCCAU